GUUGUUGAGAAGGAAACGACCAUGUGCUCACGUUUGCAUUGAAUAUGUGUUGAAUAUUUCUCUUCCUCUCAGUUUGCGUCAGGUUAUUUUUGUCGAUGUAAAAUGUCGUUUUUCAUAAGGAAAAAAGGUGGUCGUGAAGCCCCUAAGCGAAAGGCUAAUGGGCACAUCAAAAGUCGUAUCAAUGAAUCAGGCAGUAAAAAAUCGAAAAUUAGAGACGAUGAGAGCAUCGCCAGCAGUGAUGAGGAAUUUGCUGAGGAGAGCCAACGAGGAAAGGAAGAGGAACCAUAUGAGUCUGAGGAAGAGCAGGAGACUGCCCAGGAGAAGCGACUCAGAUUGGCUAAAAAGUAUUUAGCAGAAAUUGAAGAGGAGGAGAGAGACAGGACGGAGUUUGAGGAAGGUGCUGUGUCUCGGAGAUUGCAGGAAGAAUAUUUGGAGGAGAAAGGAAAACUCCGGAAAAUUGUAGCUAGCACUUACACUGGUCAUGGAGAAUUUGUUGAGCUCAGGUGCAAGGAUCAUCGGGACUCCAUCACCUGUUUGUGCAUCUCUAGCAAUGGGAAAUAUCUUUUCAGUGGGUCCAAGGAUGGGAGCAUUGUCAAGUGGUGUUUUUCAUCGAAAAGUAAAUUGGCUGCUGUUGGUGGAAAACGAAAGUCUAAAGAGGGAAUGAAGUGUGUUCUUUGCAUUGCUGUCAGCACUGAUGGAAAGUUCCUUGUUGCUGGUGACUCUGGUUCUAAAGAAAUUAGAGUCUUUAAUGUGGAGGAUCUCAAGCCUUUGAAAAAUCUACAAGGCCACAGAGGUGCUGUCACAGGCUUAGUCUUUCGUAGAGAUACACAUACGUUGUACUCAUCAUCAGAAGAUCGCAGUGUAAAGGUCUGGAACCUCGAUGACAUGACCUACGUUGAGUCCCUCUUUGGGCAUCAAAAUCCAAUUACAUCCAUAGAUGCACUAUCACGUGAGCGAGCUAUAACUAGCGGUGGUUACGAUGGGACAAUUAGAAUUUGGAAAAUUGUGGAGGAGUCUCAAUUAAUAUUCAACGGCCCUGGCAGCAGUAUAGACAUUGUAAAGCUCAUUAAUGAGGAGAAUUUCUUGAGUGGUGGUGACGAUGGGCAACUUUGUGUCUGGGGAUCUCAGAAGAAGAAGCCCUUGUGCUCUGUUCCACUUGCUCAUGGACAGGAUGAGACGAAUGGCCAGGCCAUGUGGAUCUCCAGUGUUGCUACUUUUCUCAAUACAGAUUUAGUUGCAUCAGGUUCGAGGGAUGGCAUCGUCAGGCUUUGGAAAUGCGGCGAAUCUUUCAGAUCUUUAACUCACCUCUUCGAUAUAAAAAUUCCAGGCUUCAUAAAUACAAUGGCAUUCACUCCCGAUGGCAAGAAUUUAAUUCUCGGAGUUGGUCAGGAGCACAGAAUGGGCAGAUGGUGGAAAAUAUCAGAGGCGAAGAACAGAGUAGUCAUCGUUCCUCUCAUUCAAACUAGGUUAAACAAAUAGAUUAUGUGACGAUGAAUAAAUUUUUAUAUAAAUCUAA